AGUGGUACGAUUCAUCCGACCAAUGAAAUGUCAUCCCCAGCAACCCAAACGAUUGUCGAUUGGCACACAGAUUCUCUCGACAUUCGCAUCGCACUUGAUGAAGCUGGCGCGCCAUGUAUAGAAUACAUUCAAUCCCAUGGACUGGCCCCGUCUAAAUUUACCUCUCCAUACUUUGAGUCUGCAACACUGCCUUUGAAUGGCGUUCGCGUCGCAGGUCAAGGUCAAGGCUUAUACAAGACAGCCAAAUCCCUAGCUGGCGGUGUGCUAUCCGCACGCUUAAAAUAUAAGAGUCACGUAGAGAGAGACAGUGGAAAAUCUAAGGCCUUGGACAUCGUCUCUACAGACGAACUGGCUGGACUGGAAGUGACUCACCACUUCCAGAUAUUCACUGGGGCUCCAGUGCUUCGGAGUUGGACGACUGUGAAGAACACAUCAGACACUGUUCAAAUACUCAACCAAGUAUCGUCGCUUUCUCUUGGAGGCCUUUCAGCUGGCACGGAAGACUGGUACAACAACUACUCAGUCUACACCGCAAACAAUACGUGGUUCAGAGAGCUGCAAUGGCAAGAGAGAAGUCUUUCCGAUGUUGGGAUUGAUGAAGUGGGUCUGCAUGCUCUAUUUCAAGGCCACAAAGCCACGAUGGCGAGCUUCAGUCUUUCCAAUCGUGGGUCUCUCACUACCGAAACUCACUUUCCGAUGGGCGCAUUGAAGCGCAAGGAUGACGAUCAUGUAUGGCUUUGGCAGAUCGAAUCUGGCGGCGCAUGGCGAUGGGAAAUCGGAGACUGGCAAGACAGCCUUUAUCUGGUUCUAGGGGGACCAACACUCGUGGAUCAUGCAUGGCAGUUGGACCUCGCCCCUGGCGCAUCAUUCUCGAGCGCACCUGUAGCUCUCAGCCGAACCAGCGGAGGAAUUGAUAAUGCGUUUGCGGCUAUGAACGAUUAUCGUCGCCAUAUCGUUCGACCACAUCCAGACCACGAAUAUAUGCCAAUCAUUUUCAAUGAUUACAUGAAUUGUUUGAUGGGAGAUCCGGACGAGAACAAGAUCAAAGCUUUGUUACAGCCAGCUUUGGAUUGUGGCGCAGAAUACUAUGUCAUUGAUGCAGGUUGGUACGCUGAUGAAGUGGACUGGUGGGCUGACGUGGGGGAGUGGGAGCCCUCAAGCAAGCGUUUCCCUUCCGGAUUCAAAACAAUGAUAGAUACUAUUCGGAAUGCUGGUCUGGUACCAGGAAUUUGGUUGGAACCCGAAGUCGUCGGUGUUCGUAGUGCGGUCGCAAAACAAUUGCCCGAGGAGGCAUUCUUUCAGGAAAGGGGACGACGCAUCGAAGAGCGACAACGAUACCAGCUCGACUUCACUCACCCGGCUGUUCAAGAAAGAAUGCAUCGCAUUUUCGGUCAGCUUGUGGAAGAAUAUGGUAUCCGCUAUUUCAAGAUUGAUUACAAUAUUGAAGUGGUAACAGGCAGUGACGUGCAUGACGGUAUGAGCACUGGUGCAGCACAUUUUGCGCAUCAGCGCGCAUACAUGGACUGGAUUGAAGAACUACAGUCUCGUCAUCCAGGGUUGAUCCUGGAGAAUUGCGCAUCUGGCGGUCAGCGCAUGGAGUACGCUUUACUCUCAUUACACACCCUACAGUCAACAAGCGAUCAACAAAACCCGCUCCUGUAUGCGCCCGUAGCAGCCGCAGCACCUACUGCAGUAAUACCUGAACAAAGUGCAUCGUGGGCUUAUCCGCAGCGCGAGUGGAGCGACGAGAAGAAUGCUUUCACUGUUAUGAACACUAUGAUGGGGCGGGUUCAUUUGAGCGGCCGUAUCGACGCUCUCGACGCCCAUCAGUUGGAAUUGGUUCGCGAGGGCAUGCAGGUAUAUCUUCGCAUUCGCAAAGAUUUCCUCACUGCUCGACCUUUCUGGCCUUUGGGACUACCAGCUUGGCAGGAUGAUUGGAUCACACUGGGAAUGUCAAAGACCGACGGAAAUGUUUUAUUGGCUGUAUGGAGAAGAGCCGGUUCGACCUCUUUGCGCCUACCUUUGCCUGGGAGAGAACAUCUCUUAUCUGCAAAAGUACUCUAUCCUGAGUCAUUUGAGGCAGAAGUGGCAAUUCGCAAUGGAGUUUUGGACAUUCGUCUGCCAGAUACACCUUGCGCACGUCUAAUCCUCUUGGAGGCUUGAACAAUACGGCCUGAAACUCUAGAACUCUUUUGUUUGAGUCAGAAGAAACGGAUAGGCGUUGAUUUUUCUUGUUGAGUCCAUCGACGUGUUGAGUUUGCACCUGGCUAUACUCUAUGUGAGCUUUGAAUGUCCCCUCCCCCAGCAAGAAAUGAGAAUAGAAAUAACAGGGAAUUAUACAAUGUUCAUGUACUGUUGAUAUACUUGCUGUUCUCAUGUACACAAGCGCUAGCCUUGCUCCU